CCUCAGCUUGCAUGCGGUCACUAUGAUCUCUCCUGGAUCACCGGUCCGGUUGAUUCCUAGAUCACGCCGGAAAUUUUCAAACGUGAUCGUCUCAUUCCUCGUCAUUCUUGCUGUGCUCUGGUUCUUGCCAUUUCAGCAGAGCAUUGCAAGCCAACCAGCAACAUGCGAAGACAUUCAAGACCCUUUGGACCCGAUCAAAAAUGAUACAUUAGGGUUUGAGAAAAUCUUUGCAAUCAGCUCCCCUAAACGGCUUGACAGACGCGAUGCGAUUGUACUUGGCUCAUCAGCCACAGGCUUCCAUGUCGAUUUCAUCGACGAGGUCGUGUAUGAGGAAGAGAGCGUCAAGGGAAACGGGCCCGCGAAGGACCUUGCCGACAUUGCAGCUUUCCGAUCACAUCUAAAUGCUGUGCAGAGGAUUGUCGCAGAUAGGCUUGCAAGUGCAUUGAUCAUCGAAGACCAUAUCGAUUGGGAUGUCAAUCUAAAGACACAACUCAAGGGAUUUGCGCUGGGCGCUCAGAAAAUCCAGAAGAGCAAUGCGUCUUAUUCCCCGUAUGGAGACAGUUGGGACCUUCUUUGGCUGGGCCACUGCGGCGUGAAAUGCAACACCUCGUCUCCGGUUCAAAUCAUGCCCCAUGACAUCACCGCAGUUUCUUCUCAGUCUCUUCCGCCAUACUCGUAUGAUGCGCCCGCCGGCACGGGCAACAACGUCAGAGUGACCUGCAAGAUGGAAGAGGCGGCAUGCAGUGGCGCCUACGCCCUCAGGUACCGCGCAUCCCAGAAAGUCCUCGCUACUUUGGCCUUGUCGACGGCCCCUCGGCCUGUAAAGUUCGAAGGGCUCCUCAGCCAACUCUGUCGCGAUGGCUCGCUCGAGUGUUACUCUUCAUACCCAUCAUUACUUGGAAGAUGGAACUGGACCAGCCGCGAAGCAGGUCCGUCUGAUAGCAUUCAGGAGACUGAUAGUCACGCAUCGCUUUCUAUGGGGGCCAUGUACAGUACUUUACAGAAUGUUAGGCGCCUGUUGGCUGGGGCAUCUCAAGUGCAAGCGACCGUUGAGGAUGCUUUAGUACCGGAGCUGAACCCUGACCUCUUCGAGGUACCAUAUGCUGUACUUAGAUGGACAGAUGAGAAGGGGGGACACGAGAGGCAUGUGUGA